AUGUCCUUUUCCUCGUUUUCUGAUCUGAAUAUCAAACAGGUGAUUUCUGAUAUUUGCACAAAACCUGCUUUCCGAGACCUGUUUUCAUAUGACUCUGAGAGAAAAAGAAAUAACAAAAGGCCUUCUGACAAAUGGCGUUUUUUACUGCCCAUUCAGUAUUCGUAUCAUUCACCACAGUAUCCGAUUGUAUUGUGUCAUGGUAGGGUGUUUUACUUGUGGGUUUUAUCUUACAAGAGACAAGGGCUGGGUUUUUUUGAAAAGAUUCCGUCGUCUUUGCCAACUUUUCAGCUUCAUUAUUGGGGAUCUAUUUUUGAGUCUUUGAAAAAACUUGGAUGUCAGGUUUAUGUCACCAAAGUGCCUAGUACGGGUACGAUUGCACAUCGUGCCAAAGAACUUAGCAGACAACUUUCUUCUAUGGUUAAGGGAAAGCGUGUUAAUCUUGUUGCUCACAGUAUGGGAGGGUUAGAUUGCCGGUAUUUGCUCUCGAAGCGUUUGUACACAAACUAUUACCCUGUUUCCCUGACGACUUUGUCAUGUCCUCACCGUGGAUCGCCUUUCAUGGAUUGGUGUCGAGACUAUCUUGGAUUAGGCCGUGUUUUUCCUCAUACUACUGGUGUUGUAAAAGAGAAUCCCAUGCUACAAGAUACACAAGUUUUGGCUAGUCCUUGCAAAAAGAAUGAAAGCAAUUCGUCUAUUUCUUCGACUAUUCUAACGAGUAUUAUGUUUUCUCAAACAAUGGAUACACCUGCGUAUGCUAAUUUAACAACUACGUAUUUGAAAGAAUCCUUUAAUCCGUUCAUCUUGGAUUCGUUAGAAGUGAAAUACUAUUCGUUUGCUGCUGUUGCGCCUUCUGUGCCAAUAUGGCAUCCUUUAUAUCUUCCAAAUCAUGUUGUUUCUCAAGCAGAAGGGAUUCGUAAUGAUGGUUUAGUCAGCGUUGAAAGUGCUACAUGGGGCAAAUUAUUGGGCAUACUUGAUUGUGAUCAUUGGGAGUUACGGGGUAGAAGAAUAGGUGUAGGAACAGGAUUUAGCAAACGAAAUUUUGAUGUAAAUGAUUUUUAUUGUGCUUUAGCAACGCAUUUGUGGAACGAAAGUUUUUAG